GCGAGGGAAGCCUCCCAAAGGGGCGGGGCUACGCUCCGGGGCUGCUCCGGCCAUGGCCACAGUGGAUGCUGAGGUGGCACAUUGAUGGGGCUGAAGCAAGUACAGAGGAAAGAGGAUACCAGACUCGGAGUGGCUUGGCUAGACUAGGAUUAUAGACAGAUUAAUCCAGAACACUUCGCAGAGAGCACCAAAGUCGAGUGAACAAGAUGCUAGGAGCUUUAAAUCACAUGCUUCGAGCUCUGCUGGGUAAAGGAGAGACCAGAAGAGAGAUCUGCAUGAAGACUGAGCUGCUGAAAGAUAUCACCAACAAUAAGGAGGAAGGAUUUAAUGCUAUGGCAGCAGAUGAGAGUGCCAUAGAAAAACAAGUCGGGGAACCAAAGAUGGCCCCAGAUGGCGAAACCAACGGGUCCUGCGAACGCAACGAAACCAAGAGCCACCCCAGUGCAGCUCGAAACCCUCAGGACAGUAUCAAACCGAGCCUAGGGGACUCCACGGCGAAGUUAAGCAGGAUAGCGGAGAACGGCAUUUCCGAGAGGGACAGCGACUCCGGCAAACAGAACCACAUAAAAGCAAAUGACUUCACGCAGACUUCCGUCACGGGGAGCAAUGGGUACAUUUUGCCGAAGCAGAUGGCUCAGGAGCCACCUGUCAGGACUACCAGCGGUGCUUUUGCUUCCCUCACUGGCCAUGCUGCGAAAACCCUCCCUGCGGGAGCGAGCAAGGGUAGAACACUGAGUGCCCUUUCUCAGGGGCAGACUGCCUCGCCAGCCAAGUUCAGGGUGGGCGGGAAGGAUACGGAGGCAAAAAGAACCACAGCCGCCAACGUCAAGGUCCACAGAGCCCGGAAGACGAUGCCCAAGCUCACUCCUAGCCUGAAUGCAAGUAAAGACCCCAAAGAAGCAAAAGUACCUAAGGAAGAUGGUAACAAACAUGUUUUGGAAUUUGGGAAGUCCCCACCUUUGCCCUCUGUCCUUGGCCUUCAUUCAUCUCUACCUCAGAACCAGAGCUAUGUGGCUGCCUCAAAAUCACAGACAGCUGCUUCAGUGUCUCGGAAGAAAAAACGAAGAAUGGGAACUUACAGCCUGGUUCCCAAGAAAAAGACCAAAGUUUUAAAACAGCGGACUGUGAUUGAGAUGUUUAAGAGCAUAACCCAUGCUUCGGCAGGUGGCAAGGGUGAAAAGGGUGAUGCAAGUCCUCAUGUGAACGGGGAAAGCUUAGAGGUGGAUUCCGAAGAGGAAGAUUCAGACGAGCUAGAGGAGGAAGACGAACGCGGGACGGAGCAUCCCUCUGCCUUUCCUGCAGAGGACAACCAAACUGCUAAGGAAGGGGCUGCAGGUGCCAGCAAAGCCAGAAAGAUGGUUGACGGGGAGUCUGAGGAGGACCAAGAGACUGGAGAGUCAGGAGAAGACGAGGAAGACGGCGAUGAGUCUGACUUGAGUUCAGAGUCCAGCCUCAAGAAGAAACUGAUGAAGAGGAAAGGGAAGACGGACAGCCCGUGGUUGAAACCCACCCGGAAGAGGAGGCGAAGGAGUAAAAAGAAACAAAGCAGCAUUUUAGGUUCCGAAACAUACAAGCCACCUUUGGGGAGUGGAGAAGGAGCUGGGCAGGAGAAUAAUAUGGAAUACAUGGAGGUGUCUCUGGAUUCCUUGGAUCUCCGAGUAAAGGGAAUUCUAUCUUCGCAAUCAGAAGGUCUUUCAAAUGGCCCUGAAGCGAUGGAAGCAGACAGUCUUCAGGAAGUGCCUCUCUGCAGCUGCCGAAUGGAAACCCCUAAAAGUCGAGAGAUCACCACGCUAGCCAACAACCAGUGCAUGGCCACGGAGAGCGUGGACAAGGAGCUGAGCCGAUGCACAAACCGUGCGCUGAAACACGAGCUGAUGCGCCCGUCCAACAAAGUCCAGCUUUUGGUGCUGUGUGAGGAUCAUAGAGGGAGAAUGGUGAAACAUCAGUGCUGCCCGGGAUGCGGAUUCUUCUGCGCAGCGGGCACUUUCAUGGAGUGUCAGCCGGAGAGCAGCAUCUCCCACCGGUUCCACCAAAAUUGUGCCUCCCAGGUCAAAGGCAUGAGCUACUGUCCACACUGUGGGGAGGAGGCCUCCAAGGCCAAAGAAGUGACAGUCGCCAAGGCAGACACUACCUCCACGCUUUCACCGACGACCUACGAGCAGAAGAAGCCCGGGACUUCGGAGGGAAGGGCGGACACAACAACAGGGAGUGGCAUUCAACCAACCGAGGAAGGCCAUCCAGAGAGUUUGCCUGCCGAGGGGUUUGAUUUGGCCGGGACCUCUGCCUUUCCCAAGCCGGCCCCGCCUGGAACCCCCCAGGGGCCCGUUAAAGAAACCCUAGAAAGCGCCUUGAUUGCUCUGGACUCAGAAAAGCCCAAGAAAUUACGGUUUCACCCAAAGCAGUUGUAUUUCUCCGCACGGCAAGGAGAGCUGCAGAAGGUCCUCCUUAUGUUGGUGGACGGGAUUGACCCUAACUUCAAAAUGGAGCACCAAAAUAAGAGAACCCCUCUCCAUGCAGCAGCAGAGUCCGGGCACGUGGACAUUUGCCACAUGCUGAUCCAGGCUGGCGCUAAUAUAGACAACUGCUCUGAGGACCAGAGGACCCCACUUAUGGAAGCGUCAGAGAACAAUCAUCUAGAGGCUGUGAAAUACCUCAUCAAGGCUGGAGCGCUUGUAGAUCCCAAGGAUGCAGAAGGCUCUACGUGCCUGCAUCUGGCAGCCAAGAAGGGGCAUUAUGAUGUGGUGCAGUAUCUUCUAUCCAACGGGCAGAUGGAUGUCAACUGCCAGGACGACGGAGGCUGGACGCCAAUGAUCUGGGCGACGGAGUACAAACACGUUGAGCUGGUGAAGCUGCUGCUUGCCAAAGGAUCAGAUAUCAACAUCCUUGAUAACGAGGAGAACAUUUGUUUACACUGGGCUGCAUUUUCGGGAUGCGUGGACAUAGCGGAGAUCUUGCUAGCUGCAAAAUGUGACUUGCACGCGGUGAACAUUCACGGAGAUUCCCCCUUGCACAUUGCGGCCCGAGAGAACCGCUACGAGUGUGUAGUCCUCUUUCUGUCCCGCGGUUCAGACGUCACUCUGAAGAACAAGGAGGGCGAGACUCCCCUGCAGUGUUCAAGUCUCAACUCUCAAGUUUGGGUAGCUCUGCAAAUGAACAAGACCCUGAAAGAGUCGACUCCUGAAAAACCAGUCCAGAUGGAGAAGAUACUGAGCAGAGACAUCGCCCGGGGUUACGAGCCGAUCCCUAUUCCCUGCAUCAAUUCUGUGGACAGCGAGCCUUGUCCUAGCAACUACAAAUACGUUUCUCAGAACUGUGUGACUUCCCCCAUGAAUAUUGACAGAAACAUCACUCAUUUGCAGUACUGUGUGUGCAUAGACGACUGCUCCUCCAGCAAAUGCAUGUGCGGCCAGUUGAGUAUGCGCUGCUGGUAUGAUCUGGACGGUCGCCUCCUGCCUGAGUUCAACAUGGCCGAGCCCCCUUUGAUCUUUGAGUGUAACCACGCCUGCUCGUGUUGGAGGACUUGCCGGAACCGUGUUGUGCAAAAUGGGCUCCGGGCUCGAUUACAGCUUUAUCGGACGAGGAAGAUGGGCUGGGGCGUUCGAUCGAUGCAAGACAUUCCGCUGGGGACCUUCGUGUGCGAGUAUGUUGGAGAACUGAUUUCUGAUUCAGAGGCAGACGUACGUGAAGAAGACUCCUAUCUUUUUGACCUUGACAACAAGGAUGGAGAGGUGUACUGCAUAGAUGCCCGCUACUACGGCAACAUCAGUCGCUUCAUAAACCAUCUUUGUGAGCCAAACCUCAUCCCAGUGCGAGUGUUCAUGUCCCACCAGGACCUGCGCUUCCCUAGAAUCGCCUUCUUCAGCAGCAGACCCAUCCAAGCAGGAGAGGAGAUCGGGUUUGACUAUGGCGAGAGGUUCUGGGACAUCAAGGGCAAAUAUUUCAGUUGUCAGUGCGGUUCCCCCAAAUGCAGGCACUCCAGCGCUGCCCUGGCUCACCGGCAAGCAAGCACAUCUUCGUCGUCAUCCCAGGAGACGGCAGAGAACGGACUCCCGGACACCAGCUCCACCGCAGGAGUGGCGGCUGCCCCGUUUUGAGGGCCUCUUUCAGCUUUCCCCAAAUCCACAGAUUGUAUGAAUUUCUCCAUCAAG